AUGGCAUAUUUUACGCUGACCGGCCUGAAAGUUUUACUACUCAUACUUGGGACUACCAAAUCCAUAGAGCCGCAAAUGGAUGGAUACGCCGUAAUAGCUAACAUUCUGCAAACACUUUUCAAAGCGUACACUCACAAGUUGCGUGAAUCGCGUAAUUUUGUUGACCACAAGGAGCUGAAUCUUGAAAGUAGUAUAGAGAAAGCUAUUAAACAAAAGAUAGAUGAGCUCAGACCGUUUCUGGAAGACAAUGAGAGAAACAGUCAAAAUUUUGAUAAUGGACUUAUCGACGACAGGGAUGAUAAUGUUACACUCGAAGGAGAUGAAGAGACAACUAUCAUAGAAUUCAUACCGCAUAAAGAAAUGGCCAAACAAGAGCUAAGAAUCAAUGAACCACAACCACAAUUUAAAGACAACGUUAAGAAAUAUAAGAAAUUGAGAGACCAAAUAAAGGAGGCAUUGUUAAAAGAAUCGGUUUCUAUAAAAACUCAGAAACUAGUUACAAAUACAUUAGACAGCAUGCUGGCACAAAUGGUGCGAAGUAAUUGUCCUGAUGAGGAUGGAAUAGACAACAAUGUAUACAGAGAAAAAUUACGUAAUGGUAGAUUGGCGCAGACUAAAGAUCUUACCAAGAAUUGGACAGCACAAUGGAAUGCUAUAAAAGAAAAAUAUGACGAGGUGUGGAGUAAUAGCUUCUCAGAGAGAACGAAUCCGGCAAAAAAACUGUACUUGUUUUUUGAGCAGAUCCAAGAAUUUCUAAUACAAAUUGUGAACGACACCGACAACAUAUCCAACAAUUACAAAGUUGUAUGUAAACUAGUAAAAAAAGAUGAAGCAAACGAAAAAGAUAAUUUUAACGAUAUGAGAGCAUCUAAUGUUAGAGCUGGCAAUUUUAACAAAAAGGUCAAAUGCCUCCACUUCAAAGUGUGUUCUAGUGAACUAGAGAACUUCAUGAGCUAUUUCUACAAAAAUUUGCAUGAGACAGUAGCGAAUACUUUUCGGAAUUACAUGGCGAUGUAUCAGUCGGAUGUAAAUUCUGAUGGUAGCGGCGAAAAGGAAAUGGUUAUCGCGGUUGUAAACAAAUUAGGUGCUGCUGCUAAACAUAAAGUAAAAAAAAUAUUCAAAAGCGAAACAUCCACGUUUGAAUUAGACCACGACAGGAGUGCCGAGGAAAAUAUGAAAUUGAUAAAAGCAUACGUGCAUAAUAUCAUACAACAGUGUAUAAACGGUAUUAAAAGCAAUGUGAACAGUAGUGUAAUGGAUGAAUCUCUAAGAACUAAACUAGUUUUGACAUUAAAACAAGAUUUGGCGGCUAACAUCAACGUAGAUUUAGAAAAUCUCGAAGCAGAUAUGAAAGCGGCGGUUUGUAAAGAUUUUUCUACUUGUAAUGGUAACUUGAGACGUGACUUAGACGGUGACAAUCCAGCGAGUAGGCGUCACGGGGACUCGGAUAAUAAUAGCAAAAAUAAAGUUUACGUUAAGUUACAAUUUACUUUAGAUAAGAAGUUGAAGAAAAAUAUAGCUAAUGGCAAAUUCAAUUUGGAUACGUUUUGGAGGAAAGAUCAUACAGAAACUGUGAAAAAUGUAGAUGUGACAAGGACAAACGCACAUAAACAGGAACGCAUAAGCACGCAUAAGGAGAUUUUGCGGGCGACAAAUAGUUAUGCGACGGUAUCGACGCGUAUGAGAAGAAAUCUUGAUUAUACGACAGUUAGCACCGAAAUUAUGCAAUAA